AACAGGGAUACCAACAUUCAUUCUUUCUUUUCAGUAAAUGGCGGACAUUAGAAUUUUGUAACUAAAAAGACGUGAAAUUCAACAUCCUAUUUGUAUGAAUCAAUCGCUACAAAACAUAUUUUGAAAUGGAACUAAGUCGCACAACUCUUGGAAUCGCAGUCGGCUUAGCUGGAACUCUUUUCUUAGGGUAUUGUGUGUAUUUUGAUCAGCAACGCAGAAAGGAUCCACUUUACAAAAAGAAAUUGAGGGAACGCAGACAAAAGGCACAACAGAAUGCCACAAGGUCGCGCACGAUGGGCGGCCCACUGCCCGACAUGAACGAUCACGAAGCCAUGCAAAGAUUCUUCUUACAACAGAUCCAAUUAGGUGAAGAGUUGCUGGCAGCUGGAGACCUGGAAGCGGGUGUGGAGCAUCUUGGUCAAGCAGUAGCAGUAUGUGGACAGACACAGCAGUUGCUUAGUGUCCUCCAACAAACCAUGCCGGCACCAAUUUUCCACCUCCUUCUUAAGAAGCUUCCAGAAGUUUCAGAACGUCUCCGCGCGUCCAUGCGGGCGAGCGGCGGUAGUGGGUUGCAAGAGGAAGAUGUCGAAUAAAUAAAUUGUUUUAGUUAGAUUAUUGGCCUAUCAAUUCUUUUGCUAUCUAUACCUUUCGAUAUGUUAUUAUUUAUCUGUGCAUUAUUGUUCAAUCAUUGUUCUCCUUGGCUGAUUGUAAAAAAUCUUGUCUAUUGUUUUUCUUUUUUUUUAAUAAUAUCAGUUUUUAAUUUGAAUAUGGAAAUGCUAUUUCGAUUUUUCGAAAUUGUCAUUACAACUUGAUUCUAUGCUUCGUUUAAAUAAUUUAAAUCUUGUCAUGACUUUUUUUUUCAACUCGAGUACUGGGGCUAUGAAAAGGUACUUGAAAUUACCGCCAUGUUUAAAUCUUCGCGCGUUUUUCAUGAGAGUAAAGUUCAACGAUAAUGUAGGUAUUUGUUAGUGUUAUUUAGGAUUUUGUGUUCACAACUGGUUAAGAAUGCUUGAGUUUUGAUUGAGAUUUUAUUGUGAAAUAAAAGUAUUGUAAUAA